AUGACUUACGUUGCCUCUUCUUCGAGUGCAUUCUACCAGUUUUCCACCAGUACUUGCGAUAUCUUUUCAGUUCGCCGGUCUCAAAGACAUCGAAAAUGGAUAGAAGAAAAGCAACAAUCAGGAGGGUCGCGCGCUUAUUAUUUUUUGGGGGAGGCAUUAUCCCGGCGCCUUGACCAUAAAAAAGUAAAUGAGGAGCACGAGGCCCAAAUAAUGGUCAAUGAAGAAGUCAGGGAACAGCUUCCAAAGGAAAUACGAGUAAGAGAACGACCAUCGUCUAUUGAAAAGUUUGCUGAUGGGGAAAUAGAUCAUCCAAGAAAGAG